AUGCUGCGAUCGAUUGUCAAGCAAUCCUGCAGAGGUUCCAGCUUCCUCCUACAGUUUCCUCGAAUCCUUCGAGGAUCCUCCAAAAAAUGGGCAAUAGUGCAUCAGCAGGAAGUCAUCCCGAAGAGGCUAAAGUACACAAUGUCAGGCGUAAAGGGUGGCAGCCACAAGAAAGGACGUCAAAUGCCUGAAGAGCGUACGGAGGAAGACUUGACGGCGGAAGUGGAAUUUGAUGAGAAACUUAUUGACAAGGAUGAGGAGUACAAUUUCAUCGCCAGCAGUGCUCUUCAUAUCACAAAGAACAUCCUCAAUGAGCAGCAUAUUCUUCUCAUUCAACCGUACAUCAAAUGGGGUCCUCAGAGGGCAACAACAUCCCCAGAUCUGAUGGUUGAGGAGGCAGAAGCUCUCGUGCGAUCAGUGCCAAAGUGGCAGGUGGAGCACACAAUGAAGGUACCCCUGGAGAGCUUCAGCAAGAAAACCCUCUUCGGUAGGGGAAAAAUUGAAGAGAUAAAAUCCAUCAUUAGCAAACUUAGAGCUUCCGGGAAGCCAAUCACGCGGAUUUUCAUAAGCAAAGGCGUACUCUAUGGGACACAGAAGAGGCUGCUAGAGACUACCUUUAAUCUCCCCAUCCUCGAUCGGUAUUCAAUGGUCAUCCAAAUCUUGAGACUUCACGCCACAACGGCGGAGGCAAAGCUACAAGUUGCUAUGGCGGAGAUACCCUACAUUUGGGGGCAAACACGUCCAAAGAAUGCCAGUGUGGGGAAGUUGGAUGAUUUGGUGCUGUCGGAGUCCCAGAGGAUACUACUGAGUGAUCGUGAGAGGAAACUCAAGAAGGCUCUUGAGAGCAUCAGGGGGCAAAGGAAGUUGCUGAGGAAGAAAAGACAGGCCCGGAAUUUCCCGGUAAUUGCCGUUGUUGGAUACACAAAUGCCGGCAAGACAUCCCUCAUCAAGGCGCUCACGAGAGAGGUUUCCCUCCAACCAAGAGAUCAACUCUUCGCCACCCUGGAUGUGACUGCUCAUGCAGGACAACUUCCCUGCAAACUUGAGGUGAUCUUUAUGGAUACAGUUGGUUUUAUGUCUGAUAUUCCAACGGAAUUGCUAGAGUGUUUCAUCUCUACCCUAGAGGAUGUUAUGCUAGCGGAUGUAAUUCUCCACGUUCAAGAUAUUUCCCACGGGAAUUGCACAGAGCAGAGAAAGCACGUGGAGACAACUCUUCGGGAACUUGUGGAGAAAUUUGGGGAAGACCAUGAACUGGAUAACAUCAUAAAUGUGGGGAAUAAAGUGGAUAAACUACCUUCUGAUGCGAGAGAAGUGUCCAAACAUCAGGAUAUGCAUCUCAUUUCAUCUCAAACAUUGGAAGGUGUGAGAGAUCUUCUGGAUACCAUUGAGAAGAUCAUUCUGCAGCGAACGAAAAGAUCUCACAUUACAAUAAGAGCUUCAAUGGGUGGAGAAGAAGUUUCGUGGUUGUACAAGAAUGCAACUGUUGUAGACACGGAAGCUGAUCUCGAGGAUAGUCAGUACUUGAGAUUGCACGUUGUCAUCGCUGAUUCGACAUUUCAGCAGUUUAAACAUCAUUUCCUGAAGGGAAGGAAGAAGUUAGUCUAGAAAAUUGUGUAAUAGUUGAAAGAAUAAAGAUUUUAAUAAUAAUGUAAUCAACUUUAAUUCAGAAUUUUAUUUAAUAAAAUAGGAACUAGAACAAAAA